CUGUCUCUGGUUGUGCUUAACGAUAACCCCUACAUCAUUGACACGCUCGGAACACGUUCAUUGUCCGAGUGUUCAAAUAAGAGAUCAGUAACGUCGAAUUUCUUGCCACUUUCUACUAAAACCGGUAGUAAAAGAUCCACGAAUCAUCCGAGAUAUGAUACGAACGACAACGGGCCUACGUAAUGAAUUGGCAAACGCAAUACUACGAAGUUCUGUGCGGACGAAUACCGUAAGAUCUGUGAUCAUACGAUGUCUUCACAGAAAAUAUGUACAAAGGAUUCAAAUUCAUAACACCUUACGUUUUACGGUAACUCCGUGGAAACAACAGUUAAGGUAUUAUGCAGAUUAUCCAGAUCAUGUCAAAGUGCAGCUUCCUGCGUUAUCACCUACUAUGGAAACAGGCACAAUUGUCAAUUGGCACAAAAAGGAAGGUGACAAGUUGAAUGAAGGUGAUCUACUUGCUGAAAUUGAAACUGAUAAAGCUACGAUGGGUUUUGAAACACCAGAAGAAGGCUAUCUGGCAAAAAUUAUAGUAGCUGCAGGAACAAAAAAUGUCGCUAUAGGCAAAUUAGUUUGUAUAAUUGUCCCUGAUGAAAGUUCUGUAGCUGCCUUCAAAGAUUUUAAAGACGAUACUCCAGCAACUACUGCAUCAGCUACCCUUACAUCAAGUGUUCCUACGCCAUCUACUUCUCCACCAUCUACUCCCCCACCAUCCCCUGUAACGCCACCAGCACCUGCAGCACCUUCUGCCCCAAAACCACUGCCUACUGCAUCAGGAGAGAGAAUAUAUAUUAGCCCAUUGGCUAAAAGACUUGCAACUGAAAAAGGCCUUGCUUUGGAGGGUUUAAGAGGUUCAGGACUAUAUGGAUCCAUAACAUCCAAAGAUUUAGUAGGUGCACCAGCUAUGGCUGCUCAUCCUACAGUAGCAACAACAACAGCUACAACAGAAGGGAUGGAUGUUCCAGUAUCCAGUAUCCGCGCAAUAAUUGCAAAGCGUUUACUGGAAAGCAAACAAACAAUUCCACAUUAUUAUUUAUCAAUAGAUGUAAAAAUGGACGCCGCACUCGAAAUGCGAGAACAAUUUAACAAGAUGUUAGAAAAAGAAAAAAUAAAGCUUAGUGUAAAUGAUAUCAUUAUCAAGGGAAUGGCUAUGGCUUGUAAAAAAGUACCUGAAGGUAACAGUGCAUGGUUGGGAGAAGUUAUUAGACAAUACAAUAAUGUUGACGUAAAUGUAGCAGUCAGUACAGAAAGUGGCCUAAUUACACCAAUAGUUUUUGGUGCAGACACAAAGGGUAUAGUUCAGAUUAGUAAGGAUGUAAAAGAAUUAGCUACAAAAGCGAGAGAAGGAAAAUUGCAGCCGCAAGAGUUCCAAGGAGGAACUAUCACUUUGUCAAAUUUAGGAAUGUUUGGUAUUAAAAAUUUUUCUGCCAUCAUAAACCCUCCUCAGUCAAUCAUUUUAGCUGUAGGCACAACUGAAACCAGGUUAAUACCCGCCAAAAAUGAAAAAGGAUUUACAACCACCCAAUUUAUGUCUGUCACUGCCAGUUGUGAUCACCGUACCGUAGACGGUGCAGUAGGCGCACAGUGGUUAACAGCUUUUAAGAACUUCAUGGAAAAUCCAACAACUAUGUUGUUGUAGUAAAUUUAGCCACUGAGAAGUUCAAUGGGGUAGUUUCAACAGGUGCAAAGAAACAUUGUUAUGUUCAGGAAGGUGACCAAGAAUAUUCUGUACAUUUGUGUAUAGUACAAUAUAGAAUUGUGUUACUUUACGCAUUUGUAAACCAUCAAUUUUUGAUAGAUUCGAAUUUUUCAAAGUCACAUUGUAUUUCUUUUAUGUAAAAACAUUGUUAGGACAACAAUAUUUGCGGAAUCAAGGUGACAUUAUACCAUUAGAUCAUAUUUUUCCUAAUGUACUAUAUAUGUGGUUUUUCAUUGAAUAUAAAGUAAAAGACUGACGAUUAAUUUCACCAUUAAAUAAAAUAACAAUCUCAUUACUUUAUUAUUGGUGUAAAAACCACAUCUUUGUCCCAGCAAUAGUAGUGGUCACGUGUAAAUAUGUGUAUUUAUGAAAUAAUAUUAUGGCCACCAUACAUUGCAAUAAUUUAAUUAUAACUUAGGGGAAAUUGUGAAGGAAAAUGUGUCAAAAUGUUUAUAGUAAGUAAUAUACGUAAAUGUAUAUCAUAUUUAAUAAAUUGUAACUUACAGA